GUGGCCACGUCUUGUUUUUCUCUCUCUCUCUCUCUGUCUCUUUAUCAUCAUUUUUGAAGCUUCCCUGAAUUCUAGGGUUUCCAUGGAUCUCUAGCACCAUCUUUAUUUUCAUUUUCCUUCCAAAAUUUUAAAAAAAGAUUUGAUCUUUCAUCCAUUUUGACGGCCGUUUCUUGAGUUUCUGUCUUUACCCAUUUUCUGGAGCUUUUUCUUUUUCUUAAUGGAGGUUCUGGGGGUGGAGGAGGCCAAGAAACCUGAAACUACCCAUAUGGCAUCAGCUGCAGCUUUUGUGGAAGGAGGAAUUCAAGAGUCAUGUGAUGAUGCUUGCAGCAUUUGCCUUGAGGAGUUUUGUGAAAGUGAUCCUUCAACGGUGACUAAUUGCAAGCAUGAGUAUCAUCUUCAGUGCAUCCUUGAAUGGUGCCAGAGAAGCUCUGAUUGCCCCAUGUGUCUGCAACCCAUCAGUCUAAAGGAUCCCUCCAGUCAAGAAUUGUUUGAGGCGGUAGAGCGGGAGAGGAAAUUCAGGGCUGCACCAUCAAGAAAUGCUACUAUAUUUCGUCAUCCUACACUUGGGGACUUCGAAUUGCAACAUUUGCCAGUUGGUGCAAGUGAUUCUGAUCUUGAAGAGCGUAUAAUCCAGCACCUGGCUGCCGCUGCUGCUAUGGGAAGGGGCCACCACUUUGGCAGGAGAGAAGGCCAUAGAAAUAGGCAAUCUUCCCAUGGUCGUCCACACUUCUUGGUAUUUUCCACCCAUCCUAGUGCACCUUCUUCUGGCCAUGUGUCUUCUUCUCUGGCUCAGGUAGGAGGGGAAAAUGAACAAGCUUCAGAUACUGUAACUAGUCCAUCAGUUCCACUUGCAUAUCGUGGGAAUGUUUCUGUUGUAAUGGAUCAGAGUUCAUCUGCGUCUGGAUCUACCGUCAUGCCUAUAAAUAAUCAAGGGGAUCGAAGCAGCAGCAGUCAUUCUCCACCAUCAAAUCAAGAUAGAGCAGGACCAUCAGAAUUUCAGUCAUUUUCAGACUCUCUAAAAUCUAGACUUAAUGCAAUGUCAAUGAGAUACAAAGAGAUUUCAAGAAGUACAAGAGGGUGGAAGGAGAGGCUGUUCUCUCGCAACAGCUCAAUGUCAGAUAUUGGUUCUGAAGUUCGGAGAGAAGUGAAUGCAGGAAUUACAAGUGUAUCUCGAAUGAUGGAGCGCCUUGAAACCAGAGAUAACAGUACUGCUAACCACGUUUCUGUCUCAACUCAAACAGAUUAUUCAGUUGCUGAAAGGAGCAACCAGAACAAUGUCAAUACGCGAAGAGAGAGCCCUUUAGGUGAAAGCAAUACACCAGCUUCUUUUGCUGCAAGCUCGGCUUCUACUUAAACUAGAAAAAGAUUGUUCCACAGGAUCUGUCCUCAGCAUUUCAUCUUUGAAGGUUGUAAACUCUGUUUCUCCAAAUAUGACAUGCUGAGGAAAAGAUGCUUUGUAGUUACAGGACAGAGGUGUGCAUCCUCCUGAUACUUAAUAAAAGAGGUAAGACAGAAAUCAUGAAAGAGCUUCCAUCUGGACAGAUUUAUGGACACCCGGGUAUAUGUAUGUAAAUUUGUUUAUUGCACCCAGAUUUGUUUCCCAAGCAGAAAAUUAAUCUUUUCUUUUUCUUUAGAAAAAUGGACAUCUGCAAGAAACAUGUAUUUGAACUAUGUCUGGAUGGUUGGAUUGUGGCACAAUGUGGAUGCUAAUAUUAUCUAAUCAUAUAUCGAAAUCGAAUGGGAUAUUUGACGAA